AAGCUCUGAAGAAGAGUGUAGAAAUUGAGUGAGGGCAAAAAUGCAGAAUUACGUUUUGAGCACUCUCGCGCUCUCUUUGGCUUCUUUGUUCAUGUAUUGUGUGGGGAGAGGAUACUAUGUUUAUUGGCAUAGACCCAAGACCCUCGAGAAGUACUUGCGAAAGCAAGGCCUCGAAGGCACUUCUUACAGUCCCUCCCAUGAUGACCUGAAGCAGAUGGCGAAGUCCCCUGAAGAAGCCCGGCCUGAGCCAGCAAGUCUUGAUCAUCGGAUAGUGCAGCGCGUGAGGCCGUUACUUCAGCAAAUGAUCCACAAGUAUGCAGGUAAAGUAUGUUUGAGUUGGAUUGAAACAAGGCCAAGGCUGAUAGUAGCAGACCCAGAGCUCAUCAAGGUGGUGCUAGCAGACAAGAAUGGCCACUUUGUGAAGCCACCUUCCAACCCUCUAAUUGAUCUCCUACAGCUUGGUGUGUCCACUUUGGAAGGAGAAAAAUGGGCCAAACGUAGGAAAUUGAUCAUACCAGCUUUCCACUUUGAGAAGUUGAAGGGGAUGAUACCUGCUUUUUCCAUGAGCUGUUGCGCCCUUAUGGAUCGACUCAAGGAGUUGACCGACUCUCGAGGAUCGUUCGAAGUUGACGUUGCGACCGAACUGCAAAACCUCACAGCUGACGUUAUCUCCCGAUCUGCCUUCGGGAGCAGCUAUGAAGAAGGCAAGAAGAUAUUUGAGCUUCAGAAGGAACAAGCUGUCCUGGUUCUUGAAGCUUAUUUUAGCCUAUACUUGCCUGGUUUCAGCUUGCUACCAACUAAGAAGAACAAGAGAAGAUACUAUCUGGACCAACAGAUUAAGUCGAUGAUACGCAAGAUAAUCAGACGGAAAGAGAAGGCGAUGCAAAAUGGAGAAUCAUGUACCGGUGAUUUACUCAGCUUGCUACUACAAUGCAGAGGAGCCGACAGUGACAUGACAAUCGAAGAUGUCGUAGAGGAAUGCAAAUUGAUCUACUUCGCAGGCCAAGAGACAACUGCUAACUGGCUCACUUGGACAAUGGUCGUCUUAUCGAUGCACCCGGAGUGGCAAGAGAAAGCAAGAGAGGAGGUGUUGAAGGUUUGUGGGGGCCGGAUUCCCGAUAUCGAUGAGAUUAAUCGCCUAAAAAUUGUAUCGAUGAUAUUACAUGAAGUCAUGAGACUAUAUCCACCCGUGACCGCCCUUUACCGACACACUUGUAAAAAUACUACUUUAGGAGGAAUGUCGAUCCCAGCCGGGGUGGACAUCCUACUUCCAACCCUGCUGCUUCAUUUCGAUCCCAAGCUUUGGGGCGAUGAUGCAGAUGAAUUUAGACCAGAAAGAUUCGCCAACGGCAUUUCAAAUGCUUCGAAGCAUCAGUUGGCAUUCUAUCCAUUCGGAUGGGGACCCAGAAUAUGCCUAGGCCAAAACUUCUCGACAAUCGAAGCGAAGAUGGCCCUAGCAAUGAUAUUGCAGAACUUUCAGUUUCAGCUCUCUCCUGCUUAUGUCCACGCCCCGUAUACCGUCAUCACUCUCCAACCACAGCAUGGAGCUCCAAUGAUACUGCGCCGGGUUCAACCUUUUAGGUCAUUGUGAAAGUAAAUCAAUAAGCUAUGUCAAGAUUAGUCCUUUCAUGUCCCGAGAUUUGAGUCUUUUGAAGCUCAAAUCCUUCUUGUUUGUGUCCUGCCCGAAAGUAAAUACUUAGUGCAGAAAUAAAGAAUCUUGGCUCUACCGAUUCAGCUUG